AUGGCGGACUUCGACGUCAACACGGCGCUGCAGUCAUACCUCGACGACCCUCAAGGCAUCCUCAGCCCCGAAGCGGACGCAGCGCUCAUCGACUGCGAGAACGAUCCGGAUGCCUUUACCGCGGGCCUCAUCAACAGCGUGGUCAAUCCCAUAUCUGAUGCUAUCGGCGAGAACCCGGAGUCAAUAACACAGGCGAGCAAUCUCGACAGUCUGCUCUUUCUACUAAAGUGCGCUCCCACAGUUCCCUUACACCAACAGAGUAUCAAGUAUCCCAGAUCUGACAAUGAACUCCUCGCACGUUCUAGGCAAGCAUCCUUCAUCCCUCCGACAUCACUCGGAAAAAUCUUCGACUUGAUCAUCAGUGGUCUUGGUGCCGAAGCCGAGAUCGUGCACCAUGAAGAGCAAGAAGGCGAGACGGACACGGCGCAGCACAAGCAGAUCCUUGAGAUCUUCGGCUUUCUGUUGCAAUGGUGCGUAGCGGCUGUCGAAACGAAGAAUGCAGAGAAGUCAUCUGCUCCAGCAGCAAGAAGUAAGGGUGCAAAGGGCGCAAAGGGCAAAGCCGGUGUACAAAAAGAUGGCAAUUGGGAUCCUUCAGCGCAGUUGCAGACCGCACUGGACACGAUGACCAAGGUCAUGAAGUUGAAGCUGGCAAAGGUGUUUGUGACAACCAGCGAAAGGGACACAUUCAUCGGCAUGUUCACACGGCCGACCUACAUGAUUCUGGAGAGCGAGCAGCGGGUCAAGAGCACAGCAAUUCGAAUGCACGCGUUCAAAGUGCUCUGCGUUGCGAUCAAACACCACGGUCAUGCCUACGGAGCUCAGACCAGCAUCAUCCAGAAUCUAACCUACUUUGAGCAUUUGGCCGAGCCAAUGGCUGAGUUUCUCAACAUUCUUUCGGAGCAAUACGACUAUCCACAGCUGGCAGAAGAGGUGAUGAAGGAGCUGUCGAACAAAGAAUUCUCGGCAAACGACACCAGAGGUCCAAAGUCUGUCUCGACAUUCGUGGCCCGGCUCUCCGAGCUGGCACCCAGAGUUGUGCAGAGGCAGGUCACCUAUCUCGCCAAAUUGCUUGAGAGCGAAAACUACACUCUGAGAUGUGCCAUCAUCGAGGUCUGCGGAAAUCUGAUUGCUAUGCUGAGCAAAGCCGAGGAAGGAGAGCGUAACGAAAACACCAAGGGCCAGAUCAAUGCAUUCUUCGACGUGUUGGAGGAGCGCUUCCUCGAUGUCAACCCAUAUUGCAGAUGCAGGGCGCUGCAGGUCUACGGCAAGCUGUUCGGUGACCUGGAGACGAAGUUCCCGAAACGACGACAGAAGGCAGCAGAGCUAACCGCCAGAAGCCUGGAAGACAAGAGCAGCAAUGUCCGACGCAACGCCAUCAAGCUGCUCGGGAAGCUCAUCGCUACACAUCCAUUUGCAGCGCUGCACGGUGGGCUGCUGAACCACAGGGAGUGGAACGAACGUCUGGAAGCGUGCGAGACGGAGCUGAAUGCCCUCAAACCCCCGGCCGGCACUCCUGGCCUCGGCGAGCAGGCCCAAGCUGAGCAGACAGUCGACGAAAGCUUGCUGGAUGAUGCCACUCAAGUAGAAGAGAAAGCACCGAUGACCGAAGAACAGCAGAUGGCCGCUUUCCAAAAAGCACAGGAGGACGCUGCGACAGCCGAAGCCAUGAACAAGCUCCAACUCACUCGCCGGUACUACAUCGAGGCUCUCAGAUUCAUUGAGACUCUCCAUGAAGCGUCUCCUCACAUUUCGCAGCUGCUAGGAUCGAAGAACAAGAGCGAGGUUAUCGAAGCUAUGGACUUCUUCGUUGUAGCAGACGCCUAUCGUAUCGAGACCGCCAAGUCUGGCAUCAGGAAGAUGUUGAGACUCAUCUGGACCAAGGGCAACAGCGAUGAAGGGAAGGGUGUGCAGUCCCAUCUGAUAGAAUGCUACAAGGGCCUGUUCUUCGAUGCUCCUGGCAACUUCUCGGCCAACGACUCCGCCAACUACGUCGCCCGGAACAUGAUCAGCUUGACCUUUGGUGCUUCUCCAGCCGAGUUGACGAGUCUCGAGCAGCUACUGGCCACCAUGAUGAAGGAAAAAGCGAUCGGUGAGCUCGUCAUCCAGAAGCUCUGGCAAGUCUAUGGCGUCCAGAAGAAGGAGAUCAGCAAGCAGCAGCGACGUGGUGCCAUCAUCAUUCUGGGCAUGCUCGCACUCGCAGACCCGGAUAUCAUCGUCAGGGAGAUGGAGACUUGUCUACGAAUCGGCCUUGGGACGCUUGGUCGACGAGAUCUUGUAUUGGCGAGAUACACUUGCAUUGCCCUUAUGCGCAUGACUAACAGCAAGCCAUCGAAGGGUGUGGAGGGUAAAGCUAACACAAGGUUACCGAACGAUCACGCUGUCCUGCUUUGCCUGGCGAAUGUGAUGGACAUCGAGAGCGAGAGCAAGGACUGGUACGGUUUGGCUGAGCAAGCUAUUGGCGCUAUCUACGCACUGUCAAAGCAUCCUGAUGUGUUGUGCUCCGAAGUUUUGAGGAGGAAGACCAAGGCCGUGUUUGCACCAAAAAGCUCUCCAAAGCCAGAGGCAGCCGAGACGGGCCAGAUAGACGAUGAUGGUGACAUCGAGAUGAGCGACGGCCCUGCACUAGAACCAGAACCAGAAGCAGAGCAACCCGCAACCGAAGAUAGCAGCAAGUCUGCAAUCGGUCUAUCGCAGCUACUCUUCGUCGUUGGGCACAUCGCGCUCAAGCAGAUUGUUCACCUCGAGCUAUGCGAGCAGGACUUCAAACGACGGAAGGUCGAAAAGGAGAAGACGAAUCCAAACCCUCCGCCGGUCAAGAAGAUACCUGGUGGCAAGACUCCAGCCGCCAAAAAGAACGACGGCAAGAAGGACGAGCCCACAGCAGAAGAGGAGCUCGACCUCAUCGGCGGCACGAGCGAGGACGACUUUACAGAUGCUAUCACCCACAUCCGCGAAAGGGAGCUGCAGUACGGCAAGAACUCAUUGCUCACCAACUUCGGCCCCCUCGUCAAGGAGAUUUGCAGCAAUAACACCUCUUACGCCAAUUCCGAGCUGCAAGCACAGGCUGCAUUGUGCAUGGCGAAGCUGAUGUGCGUGAGUUCGGCAUACUGCGAUGCAAAUCUGGGCCUCCUCAUCACGAUUCUCGAGCGAAGCCCAUCUGCCAUCACGCGGAGCAAUCUGGUCGUUGCUCUUGGUGAUAUGGCGGUGUGCUUCAACCAUCUCAUCGACGAGAACACAGACUUCUUGUACCGACGACUUUCCGACUCGAGCUUACAGGUCAAGCGUACGUGUUUGAUGACCCUUACCUUCCUCAUCCUGGCUGGCCAAGUGAAGGUCAAGGGUCAGCUAGGCGAGAUGGCGAAGUGCGUUGAAGAUUCAGACGAUCGAAUACGUGAGAUGAGCAGGAUGUUCUUCGGCGAGUUGGCCGGCAAGGACAAUGCUGUGUACAACCACUUCGUGGAUAUGUUCAGCUUGUUGUCAGCGGACCAGGCGUUGGAGGAGGAUAGCUUCAGAAGGAUUGUAAAGUUCUUGGCUGGGUUUAUUGAGAAGGACAAGCAUGCCAAACAGCUGGCGAGCAAGCUGGCUCCCAGACUUGCCAGAGCCGGGAACGAGCGGCAGUGGAACGAUGUUGCUUUUGCGUUGGGUCUGCUACCGCACAAGAACGAAGAGAUUACGAAGAUGGUUGGAGAGGGCUGUAAGGCCGUUGAAGCCGCCGCAUAG